UCUCUUUAAUGCUAAAUAUAAAUGAGGAGUUACAUCCGCGCUUACAUCAAACGAUUAGUAAUGGUCUAUUCUAUGCAGUAGGUAUGUGUUACGUGCUGUACGUUUAAAUGACAUACCAUUCUCAAUUAACUACCAACAAAAUGUGGAGGGAAUCCGUAUAUAGUGGUACUUUACGGCCGAAAUCUACUGAUGGUUUGACAGGUUCCAUGCUAAAUGAUCUUUUGGAUAGUCUAUCAAUUACAGUUCGUGACACAACAAGGAGUUUAUCCCAUAUCCAUUCUGUUAACCAAAUUAGCGAUGGAUUAUUUCUAGGAGAUAAAUAUGCUGCAAAGGAUAAGACAUUUUUGAUACAAAAUGGGUUUACACAUAUAGUAAAUGCCGCAGAGGGUAUUGACGAAUAUCAAGUAAACACCUGCCAACGAUACUAUACGCCUCUAAAAAUCAAGUACUUGGGAAUACCAGGGCACGAUAGACCUUCUUGGAAUAUAUCUGUUUAUUUUAAAGAAGCUGCGAUGUUCAUAGACAAUGCCGUAAAAAGUGGAGGAAAAGUCUUGGUUCACUGUGUAGUUGGAAUAUCCAGGUCUGCUACACUUGUUAUAGCAUAUUUCAUGAUUUAUCACAAUAUGAAUGCCGCGCAAGCGUUACAGCAUGUCUUUCGCAGAAGAAGGGUGUUUCCUAAUGCAGGAUUUUUGCACCACUUGGCACAUCUGAAUUCAUUACUAAGCAUAAAAAGGCCAAGUUAUACAAAAUAAAAAUCUGUACUUAAAUAUAAACUAAUGGGAUUAUUUAAUUUGUAUAUUUUUGUAUGUUAUGUUUUGUAAGAGUAAUUUUUCCUGUAUACAUGUGAACGAAUUUCGCGAAUUUUGAGAGGUGAAAUAAAGUAUUUUGUUAUU